AUGUUUUUUCUUUCCCAUCAUUUACUCCUUAACUUUCGACUUCAUUCUGAAAUCCUCUUCCUCCUCCUCCUCCUCCUCUUCUUCUUCUUCUUCUUCUUCUUCUUCUUCUUCUUCACCAUUUUUUUUAUUCAUCCGUACCAUAGUUUUUUCAACCACGACUAUAUUCGUUCAUCGCCACUAUCUUCUUUCUUAAGAACAAUCUUCGUUUCUCUCCACUAUAUGUUUCUUUCUUUCUUUCUUUCUUUCUUUCUUUCUUUCUUUCUUUCUUUCUUUCACACUAUCUUUUGCAUCCCCACUAUAUUCUUCGUCCCCACUAUCUCCAUUCAUCUAUAUAAUAAAUGCGAAUACAGCAUCUAUCUAUCUAUCUAUCUAUCUAUCUAUCUAUCUAUCUAUCUAUCUAUCUAUCAAACAACACUGGAUAAAAAUACGAAUCAAAAAACCAUGCUGACGAUCACCAUGCUCUGUUGA